AUGCCGGUCAAGCUCGGAAUCAACGGCUUUGGGCGCAUUGGCCGCCUGGUGUGCCGUGCCGCCCUGGAGCGCGACGAUGUGGAGGUUGUGGCUUUCAACGACCCCUUCAUUGAUGCCGAGUACGCCGCCUACAUGUUCAAGUACGACACCGUGCACGGCCGCUUCAAGGGCACCGUCAGCCACACCGCCGACUCGCUGGUGGUCAACGGCAAGACGAUCAAGGUCUUCAACAACAUGAAGCCGGAGGAGAUCCCCUGGGGCUCGGUGGGCGCCGACUAUGUGUGUGAGUCCACCGGCGUGUUCACAGAGGUGGCCAAGGCCUCUGCCCACCUUACGGGCGGCGCCAAGAAGGUCAUCAUCUCCGCGCCCUCCAAGGACGCCCCCAUGUUUGUGAUGGGCGUCAACCACGAGAAGUACGAUGCCAAGAGCAUGGACAUCGUGUCUAACGCCUCCUGCACCACCAACUGCCUGGCGCCGCUGGCCAAGGUGGUUGACGACAACUUUGGCAUCAAGGAGGGCCUGAUGACCACGGUGCACGCCACCACCGCCACCCAGAAGACCGUGGAUGGCCCCUCCAAGAAGGACUGGCGCGGCGGCCGCGGCGCGGCCCAGAACAUCAUCCCCUCCUCGACCGGCGCGGCCAAGGCAGUGGGCGUGGUGCUGCCGCACCUCAACGGCAAGCUGACGGGCAUGGCCUUCCGCGUGCCCACCCUGGAUGUGUCUGUGGUGGACCUCACCAUCAACCUCAACAAGCCCGCCAAGUACGCCGAGAUCAUGGGCGCGCUCAAGGCCGCCAGUGAGGGCCCCAUGAAGGGCGUGCUGGGGUACACCGAGGAGGAUGUGGUGAGCGCCGACUUCAUCGGCGACAAACACUCGUCCAUCGUGGACUCCAAGGCCGGCAUCCAGCUGUCCGACACCUUUGUCAAGCUCAUCUCCUGGUAUGACAACGAGAUGGGCUACAGCAACCGUGUUGUGGACCUGGCGAUCCACAUGUCCAAGUCGGCAUGAGCCCGCGGCUCGGCUAGCUGGCCGGGGACACCCAUCUGGAGCCCCGGCUGCUGGCGGCAACAGCACCUUGACACCACGUUGGGGGGAUUUGGAUGGAUGACGCGGCUCUGCCGCGGCUUGCUGCAUUGUGUGGCAGGGGCUCUUGCCCCAUGCCGCCCCAGAUAGUUCGCUUGAGGCAGGGUUGCUGUCGGGUGGAAAACGAAUACGCGGCAUGCAGAGCAAGCCGGCCGAAGUUUUUGCUAAUGCUCGGUAGGCUUCACCUGGUUUUUCGUUUUCAAUGUAAACACAGCAACAGCUGAA